AUGGUUCAAUACGAUACAUCACCAUGGCCGACGAAGGAUAUAGUCUAUACUGCCAUCGUCGGCUCUGUAAUGCUUGCCGCUUUCUUGGAGUGGUUUCUCUGGUUGGCAGCCUUUAUGUACUGUUUAGUCAAGGUAUACCAAAAAGCAGAGCACUGGACAGUGAAGGUUCUAGCGGUGGUGAUUGCUACCCUCUUCACGGGGUUGAGAUGCAUUUUCCUUCCAAUUAUGGUCGUCACGUUACCCUUGCCAAGUCAUAUCACUCAAUACUUCCCGGAUUCUUUGGUCUCCGUUCUACAGUGGUUCGGGUUUUGGGCCUUUGCUGGGCUGUUGACGAUUCCAUGGUUGUUCUGCGUCUAUCAACUGGUCACCCACCAACUAGGCCGUACCAAGCGUAUAAAGCAGGUUCUGGAUGAGCAUUCGGCACCAAAAGUAGUGAUUGUGAUGCCAUGUUACAAGGAGGAGCCGGACAUUCUAGUAACAGCCAUAGACUCCGUCGUCGACUGUGAUUAUCCACCUUCCUGUAUUCACGUGUUCCUCUCCUUCGACGGCGACCAAGAAGACGAGUUAUAUCUCAACACGAUAGAAAAGCUCGGUGUCCCUCUUUCACUCGAUACGUACCCGAAGAGUAUCGACGUAACAUACCGAACUGCCCGAAUCACGGUGUCUCGUUUCCCUCACGGAGGAAAGAGACAUUGCCAAAAAGCAACUUUCAAGCUCAUCGACAAAGUAUAUACCGAAUACCUCAAACGAAACGACAAUCUCUUUAUCCUUUUUAUUGAUUCAGACUGUAUUUUGGACCGAGUAUGCCUUCAGAACUUUGUCUAUGACAUGGAGUUGAGCCCAGGAAACACACGGGAUAUGUUGGCCAUGACGGGUGUCAUCACAUCAACGACAAAGAAACACAGUCUCAUCACUCUCCUUCAGGACAUGGAAUAUAUACAUGGUCAGCUCUUCGAGCGGACGGUGGAAUCCGGGUGUGGUUCUGUUACAUGUUUACCAGGAGCCUUAACUAUGCUUCGAUUCUCAGCAUUCCGAAGGAUGGCCAAAUACUAUUUCGCGGACAAAGCCGAACAAUGCGAGGAUCUUUUCGAUUAUGGAAAGUGUCAUCUAGGGGAAGAUCGAUGGCUGACCCAUCUUUUCAUGAUCGGUGCCAAAAAACGUUACCAGAUCCAAAUGUGUACGUCAGCAUUUUGUAAAACCGAAGCUGUCCAGACCUAUCGAUCUUUGAUUAAACAGCGUCGACGAUGGUUCUUGGGAUUUAUCACAAACGAAGUGUGCAUGUUGACGGACAUCCGAAUUUGGAAGAGAUAUCCGAUAUUGGCUGUGGUCAGAUUCAUGCAAAAUACCAUUCGAACCACAGCACUUCUUUUCUUCAUCAUGUUGAUAUCCAUCAUCAGCACAUCGAAAAAGAUCAAGGAUCUCCCCGUCGGUUUCAUUGGAAUAUCACUUGGCCUCAACUGGCUGAUGAUGAUCUACUUUGGUGCUAAGCUUAAGCGUUUUAAGAUCUGGCUCUAUCCGCUCAUGUUUAUCAUCAAUCCGUUUUUCAAUUGGUAUUAUAUGGUCUAUGGAAUUUUUACCGCUGGCCAAAGAACAUGGGGAGGGCCCAGAGCUGAUGCGGGCUCUGCUGAUGCGUCUACUACUCCACAACAAGCAAUUGAGAAGGCUGACGCCCAGGGAGACGAUCUUAACGUCGUUCCGGAGACCUUCAAACCGGCAGCGGAUGCUCAGAGCAGUGCACUCGUCCGUACUGGUGUUCCUCUGCAACCACCUGACAAGCUCGAGGGACGGUUUGCAGCAGCAGAGAAACUUCCUGGUGGGUGGUAUCUCCAAAACAAUGACUCGCUCGUCAGCCAAAGAAUUGGAGGGCCUUCUACGAGUGGACCGCCGAGAAUGCCUAUUCACCCCCGGGACUCCUUUGACAGCAAUUUUGAUUCGCAGAGCAGCACCAACUCUGUAUAUAUGCCAAGGCGCGUUGAAAGUAUUAUGGGAGAGGAAGACAAAAAGAAAUAUGCCAUUGCUCAAGCAAGCCAGCGCGCUGCGGGUGGUGCUUACAUGACAGAACCGUUCUACGGUGGACACGUGUAUGAGCUCACAGAAACAGAGCUAUCGAAGGGCGGAUUCAAGGACUCCGUCGAAUCGUUUCAGUCCUAUCAAGACAGGCCGGAUCAUCGACAACGUGAUUACACUCGUAAUGGUAGUGUAGACGGAUAUGGAUUGCCAAACGAACCUGGGUCAUCGCAUGACGGCGCCUUGACAGUUCCUCAGUCAGCUUCUACCAGUCAGAGACGUAGCGGCAGAAGUCCUUUAGCAAGAGUCAGCCUUGUCAGAACUCCUUCAGAAGAAGAAGCGUUGGAACUACAACAACAACCAAGACGGGGACAGUCUGGUGAACCACUGGACAGACCUGCACACAGAAGAUAG